AGUGGGCGUGCCUGCAGUAACGUCACUAAACAGAAAGCAGUUUUUCCGCCUGACCGACGUAAUUGUCAAAACCUUGGGAGUUUCUGUGUUACUACAUCAUGGAAGCAAGCGGUCACGAUCAAACUUGUGUGACUUUGUCUGGAGAUAGUAACGGCACAGAGGCGGGCUCGAAGGUCCUGGCCGAGCUGCGUCUGGUGGUUCUGGGCUGGAGGUGGCCCGGCAAGAGCCUGACUGCCAACACCAUCCUGGGCCGGGAGGAGUUCCGCUUGGAGCGCGCGGCCGAGUUCUGCGUCACCAGACAGACGGAGGUGCAAGGUCGGCAGGUCACGGUGGUGGACACGCCCGGCUGGUACUCUUCCCAGGACACGCCGCUCUCCUACAAGAAGGAGAUCACCAGAGGAGCCACCUUGUGCCCCCCCGGCCCGCACGCCUUCCUGCUGGUCAUCCCUGUAGGCAUGUUCACUGAGGUGGACCGCGCCCGCAUCGAGGAGCACGUGGGCCUCUUUGGCGAGCGUGUGUGGAAGCACACGGUGGUGGUGUUCACCUGGGCCGAGGUGCUGCGGAACAUUUCCAUCGAGCGCUACAUCCGCCGCGAGGGCGCCCAUCUGCAGUGGGUUCUGGAGAAGUGCAAGCGCAGGUACUUUGUCAUCGACAACUGCGUCUUUGAGGAGCAAGCUCAGGUAGGACGCUUGAUGGAGAGGGUGGAGAAGAUGGUCGCAGACGAAGGAGGCCACUACCACCCAGAGGAGGCCGCGGACCAGCAGAAGACCCCCUUGGAUGAGAACCAAAACCCCACCAGAGAUGUGCAUGAAUUGGGCGCCAAACCCAAACACACCACUGGCGCGACUUUAUCCAACGAGGCAGCGCCGCUUCCCACCGAGUGACACUACUGAUAGGUUAGCGAUGCUAGGUUAGCGCUGGUGUCACUUUGGCUUGCUGAUCUCAAUAUUAGGGACACCUUGAUAGUUUAGAACAAGGCUCAACACUGACCAAUUUCGUGUUGUAAUUCACCAACUUGCCCACUGGGAAGAGACACUGCACCAUGUCGUUGGGUUACGUUGUGGUGGUCUACACCAAAGAAUGUCUGUCAUGAGACUAUGCAGAUGUCCUGAUAACCAAAACAAAGUAGCACCAGUCACCAGUCAGUGCCUUUGGUCUCUCUAAGAAUCUUCUUUUAGGAAAGAAUGUGAAAGUUGUACACUGCUGUUAAUGAAGAAUGAAUGGUCUUCUAUUCUAUUUAUUUCUACUGUACUUUGUAUUAUUGAUGGUUUGAAUGGGGGUGAAAACAGCGAAGCUUCUUAAUCCCAACAAUCUGUUACAUCCGGUCCUCUAAUAACUAGUAAAGUAACAAAGGGAAAACGGCGCCUCUGCUGGUAGCUGCAGACUACUGCACUCCAUUUUGGCCUAACUGCAAUGACACAGCAGCUAACCACUGUAAUUGUUUUUUACCAGUGACUGCAGAUGGUGUAAAUCGAUGACCAAAUAGUAAAUGUACCAAUAAAUGCACUUAUAACUGACUUGGACUGUUUGUGU